UGGCUUCAUGUGUGCCACUCAGAGCAGCACAGGCCAGACAGGAAGAGGUGAAACGGAAAAAGAAUCAAGAUGGCAACCGGUCCAGAGAACGGACUAAAAAGAAUAGUUUGGAAAAGAAUUAAAGAAACAAUUAUUGAAGACUGCAGAAAAUCGGAAGUAUGGAAGGUAUUGAUUUUGGACACGUUCACCACAAGACUCCUGUCAGCGUGCUGCAAAAUGUCCGAUCUGAUGUCAGAGAAAAUAACAAUUGUGGAGGACCUGUACAAAAACAGAGAACCUGUUCCAGAAAUGAAGGCCAUCUACUUCCUGACACCCACAACAAAGUCUGUGGAGGCCUUUAUUGCUGAUUUCAAGCCCAAACCCAAGUACAAAUCAGCAUAUGUUUAUUUCACUGACUACUGCCCUGAUGACCUGUUCAACAAUAUGAAGCUGUACUGUGCAAAGUACAUUCGGAUAUGUAAAGAAAUUAACAUAUCCUUCAUGCCCCAAGAAGCACAAGUGUUCACAUGUGAUAAUCCCGGAGCCUUUCAGAGCAUCUACAGUCCCAACAGUCAGGACAGAAAGAAGACACUGGAGACGCUUGCAGACCAGCUUGUCACGCUCUGCGCCACGUUGGAUGAGUACCCAGGGGUUCGAUACAAAAAAGACUCUAACAUAGAGAAUGCCAAGACCCUUGCGGAGUUGGUGGACAACAAACUGUCCAGACACUAUGAACUGGAUGACAGGACCAAGAAAAAGGAAAAGACUCAGGCCCAGCUGUUGAUAGUUGAAAGAGGAUUUGACCCCGUCACCCCUAUUCUGCAUGAGCUGACCUACCAGGCCAUGGCCUAUGACCUUGUUGAUAUCCAGAAUGAUACAUACAAGUACAAAUCUAAAGAUGGUGCAGAGAAGCAGGCCCUGCUGAAUGAGGACGACAUACUGUGGGUUAAAUUGAGGCACAAACACAUUGCUGAGGUGUCUGAACAAAUCCCGAAGAUGGUAAAGGAAAUAUCUGCCAACAAGAAACAGCCAGAUGGAAAGAUCACCAUCAGCAAUUUGGCCCAAAUGAUGAAAAAGAUGCCAUCGUUUCGUAAACAGCUGACAGCGAAAGCUGUUCACCUUCAGUUGGCCGAAGAUUGCAUGAAACAAUUUUCAAACAAUGUGGAGAAACUAUGCAAAGCUGAGCAGGAUCUUGCUGUGGGCUCAGACGUGGAUGGGAUGAAAGUGAAGGAUCCCAUGCGGACUCUGCUGCCAGUGCUGCUGCACCCAUACAGCAUCUAUGACAAGAUCAGAGCUGUGUUGCUUUACAUCUUCAGCCUCAAUGGAACAACAGAUGAGAACUUAAGCAAACUCAUCCAACAUGUGAAGAUUGAAGAUCAAAGAGAGUUUAUCCUGAAUUGGAAAGAACUGGGAGUCCCCAUCAUCACAUCUCCCAGUUUCUUCUCUCGCAAACCUACCAGACGUGAUCGUUCUCAGGAGGAGAUGUACAACCUUUCCAGGUGGACACCUGGCAUAAAAGAUGUAAUGGAGGAUGCUGUGGAGAACAAACUUGACACAAGGGAAUGGCCCCACCAGUCUGAGUGUCCAACAGCAUGGAAUGGUUCUGGAGCUGUUAGUGCACGUCAGAAGCACAAAUCCAGUGCUCAGGACGAACGUCGAACAGGCUCACGCCUCAUCAUCUUUGUCAUUGGAGGAAUCAGCUACUCUGAGAUGCGCUGUGCCUAUGAGGUCACCCAGGCAGUCAAAUCCUGUCAGGUCAUCAUAGGGUCUUCCCACAUUUUGACCCCCACCGGUCUACUGAAUGACAUCAAGGUCCUGAACAAACGACCCAUGGAAACUUUCACAAUUGAGGAGAGGAGCAAUGCCUGAAAUUGUAACAGACCACCCAUCACCAUAUACUUCCUCAAAUGUCCCACCACAACCCCUUGCAUGGAAAACUGAAGGGAAUUUGUUUUUUUUUUCAUGCUUGUUUCUGAAUUACAGUACUUACUAUGAGCACAGGUUAAAGUAACUGCCAUGUCAGCUAUAGAUUUAUACUAUGAGUUAGCCUCAAGAAAUUCAACUUUGUAGUUCUUUAUAGUUACUGGCUUCACCCUAUCCUGGAAAAAUACUGGUUACUAUCUUUUUAAUCUUCUAGGAAAUGUUCAAAAAGGGUGGAAAAAAAUUAGCGCUGCGCUAAUGUAUAUAUUGUACUGUAUGUAAGCACUGAACCCUGCUCUGCCAUUUGGACUUACAUGAUCAUCUCUAUGUAUAAACACUUAAUAUUAUUUUUAAGUGUUUUUUUAACAGUUUGUUACUAUUUUCUUAAACUGAGCAACUGACUAAUAAACGGAUGAAGUGGUUCAACUAAUA